CUGGGGGAGGGAGAAAGAGACUCCUCAAACUAGCUACCCAGUAUUAGAUGUUUAUUUGCUAGCGUCAGAACGCUUGGUUCAUUUAAAACACGUUUAGUAUCGUUAGGGUUGAGAACAGGUGGAACUUUAAAUGCCCUAAAUAAACAACACAAUUCGCGAGACUGGCUGGUACUCGCUGAUCGUAAAUUGUCAUCGAGGAGUGACUUAUAUCGGGUUUGUUGGCUCACCGUGGACGAGUUGAGCUUGUUCGGCUAGUAACAAACGGCGUUCCUGCAACGAACGAACAAAAGACUGCGUUUACAUUCUCUGAAGUUUUUUGAAACUGUUGUUUUGCUAUAAUUUCCGAAAAAAAUAUCUACUUGUUUUCGGAAUAUGGCUCAUCAUGGACAUCAUCAUGUUGCGAGUUCCCAAAAGGCUUUAAUGCUGGAGAUGAAAAGUCUCCAGGAUGAGCCGGUCGAAGGCUUUAAAAUAACUUUAGUCGACGAGUCGGACAUGUACAACUGGGAAGUUGCGAUAUUCGGACCCCCCAACACACAUUAUGAGGGGGGCUAUUUUAAGGCUCGUAUUAAAUUCCCCAUUGACUACCCAUACUCGCCUCCUGCUUUCAGAUUCCUCACCAAGAUGUGGCAUCCCAAUAUCUAUGAGAAUGGAGACGUGUGUAUUUCCAUACUGCACCCACCAGUGGAUGAUCCACAGAGUGGAGAACUCCCAUCAGAGAGGUGGAACCCGACACAGAACGUGAGGACUAUCUUGUUAAGUGUUAUCUCGCUGCUGAAUGAGCCCAACACCUCCUCGCCUGCCAACGUAGAUGCCUCCGUCAUGUACCGCAAAUGGAAGGACAGUAAAGGGAAAGAUCGGGAGUAUGCAGAAAUCAUCAGGAAGCAGGUUUCAUCCACCAAAGCAGAAGCUGAGCGGGAUGGAGUCAAAGUACCCACCACACUUGCAGAAUACUGUAUUCGUACCCGUGCCCCACCCACUGACGAGGUCUCAACCCUAUUCUACGAAGACUACUAUGAUGAUGAGGAGGACAUAGAUGAGGAUGAUGAAGAGGAGGGUGAAGACUGUUGCUAUGACGAUGAUGACUCCGGGACUGAGGACUCAUGACCAGCACCCAAGCUUUCCAAAACUGAACUCUCCACGCCCUGUACCCAUUUUGGUUUUAAUUCAAUUUGAAAAGGAAUAUUUUUCUGCUUAUUUUUUCCAUUUCUGUCUCAGAUGUCUGAAGUUUCCUGACUCAGCGGACACAACCAAGGGCAAGUUUAAUUCUGUCUUGUGCUGACUCGAGAUAUUGUGAUAUGGAGUUAAAUUGUGAAGAAGUUCUUGAUUGCGAUGAACUUUUAGAGGCAACCAAAUGUUAUGGUUAGCACUAAACCUAGAUGCUUUUUUAAGGUUUGUUUUUUUUCUUACGGUUUGUUUUGUCUGGUUUAUGGGGCAGGUGGGUUUCAGUCAAUCAGUUCUUGAGAGUCCAGCUUAGUGUAUACAUUUAUUAACAACAUGCCUAUUCAAGGCAUGUUGGCGCCUGAUCUCAGGUUUCCAAUGGCAUGGGGAUAAAAAAAGUAGCUAAUACACAUUCUCAGGGCUACUUCAAUUUCUUAAACCACAAUCCAUUAUUUAGUAGUAUUUCCAAAUUAUGUGUUGGAAUCUCAGAAAAAUUCUCUCCACAUUCUCCAAAAGGGAAUCUCAAUCACAUACAGCUCAUACCAUUCUAAGCUCUCUCUUUCCAUUGGUCUUUGUUUCAUUUUAUCCACAAACAAAUCUAUAAUGUCUUUUUGUUUGGUUCGAUUUUUAGGGGGUUGCAAGGUAGAUUUGUGCAUUCUGAUCUGCUUUGCUAUAUUUAGCUAGUCUGUGAGGGGAUUUUAGUUUUAUGUAUCUGUGUUUCAUUUUAAGCUUUGUGAUGAGUAUUAUUUGGAAGCUCAAAAUCUCCUCAGGAUAACGGACAGAGUUUGAGACUUUGGGGUAUUUAUGGCCGACCCUUUAACCCCAACAGACCCUUUAAAACCUGUAAUAAAAUUCAUGUGCACACAGAGGUAUUUUGGGUCACUUUCACUUCUUUAAAUUUUCCUUUCUUUUUGGUAUGCUUUGUAAAUCUAUUUAAAUUCUCA